AACUGUGACUAAUGUCAUUAUCUCAAUCUCAAGAAUCACAAAAAAACAAAGAGUGAGAGAAAAGCUUCAAGAUAAUGGUUUUUCUAUUAGUACUCCUAAGCAUCACAAAAUGGUUAUGCUACCAUAUUAUUAAGUCAUGUUAUCAAACUGCAAAGAAAAUGAGAACUUAUAGUUUUAAUUUCUUUGAUCUUUCAUCUAAACCACUUCAUCAACCUUCAUCUUUUCCUACUAUCAUGAACUGUGAUAAUUUAAAGGAUAGAAAAUCACAAACACUUGUUUGUGACAUUCAUAGUAUCCUAUUAAGGAACCAUUCUUUCUUUCCUUAUUUCAUGCUAGUUGCCUUUGAAGGUGGUAGCAUUUUUAGAGCUUUUGUUCUACUAUGUUCAUGUCCUAUACUAUGGUUUUUGAGCUAUGAACGUAAGCUUAAAGUCAUGAUUUUCAUCACUUUUUGUGGACUUAAAAUAAACGACAUGGAAAUGGUUGCUAGGGUUGUUUUACCAAAGUUUUACAUGGAGAAUAUUAAUCUUAAGGCUUAUGAGGUUUUGGUUUCGGUAGGGUGUAGAGUUUUUUUCACAUGUGUGCCUAAGGUUAUGGUGGAAGGGUUUGUUAAGGAAUAUUUGAAUGGUGAUGAUGUUGUUGCUACGGAGUUGGAUAGUUUAGGAUGUUAUUUUACUGGUUUGGUUGGUAAGGAUGGUUUGAUUGUUAAGGAUUGGGCUGUCAUGGAUUAUUUUGGAGAUAGAAGGCCUGAUUUGGGGAUUGGAAGUUCAUGUGUUAAUGAUCAUCAUUUUAUCUCUUGUUGUAAGGAAGCUUAUGUGGUGAGCAAUGAAAUAAGUCCAAACACAAUCAUGCCAAGAGAAAAAUAUCCAAAGCCAUUAAUAUUCCAUGAUGGAAGACUAGCAUUUUUCCCUACACCUUCAUCAACUCUCUACAUGUUCAUGUGGCUUCCAUUUGGAAUUCCAUUAUCAAUAUAUAGAUUGUUUCUUGGUACAAUUGUUUACUACAAAUAUGGACUUGCAUUAGUUUCAUUUAGUGGCAUUUUAAUAAAUCUCAAAGGCUAUAAUAUUAGUAACACUACAAAAAGUGUUACUAAUAAAGGUGUUCUCUAUGUUUGCACACAUAGGACAUUGUUAGAUCCUGUUUUUCUUAGCAUGAGUUUGAGAAAGCCUUUGACUACAGUAACUUAUAGCUUAAGUAAAGUCUCAGAGAUUAUGUCUCCUAUUAAGACAAUGAGUUUGACAAGGGAUAGAGAAAGAGAUAGAGAAACAAUGCAAAGGUUACUUAGUGAAGGUGACUUGGUGGUUUGUCCUGAAGGAACAACUUGUAGGGAGCCUUAUUUGUUAAGGUUUAGUUCACUUUUUGCUGAACUUGCUGAUGAGAUUGUGCCUGUGGCUAUGAGUGCUAAUGUGAGUUUGUUUUAUGGGACUACAGCUAGUGGAUUCAAAUGGUUGGACUCUUUUCUCUUUUUGAUGAAUCCAUGGCCUUGUUAUCAUAUUGAAGUGCUUGAAAAGGUUCCAAAAGAGUUCACUUGUGCUGGUGGAAAGUCUCCUUAUGAAGUGGCUAAUUAUAUACAAAGAGAGUUGGGGGAGACUUUGGGAUUUGAGUGUACUAAUAUUACAAGGAAGGAUAAGUAUAUGAUGUUAGCUGGUAAUGAAGGUGUUGUUAAAGAAAAGAAGUGAAAAAUAUGAUGUUUGAAGUUUUAUAUUCAAGGUGUAUGAUUAUGUUCCACUAGAAAGGUGAAAGAAAAAGACUAUUCUUAUACCAAUCGUUAGUUGGUUCAGUGGUGAUUGGCGCUGGACUUGGUAGGGAGAACCACGGUUCGAUCCCCCGCAACUGCGAUUGGGAGGGGGAUGGAACCACUUGAUGUCAGAACUCGCCCCCGAACAGAAUUAAACCGGUGGUAUACAAGUAAAAUAUUGUUGGAUGUAUGUGUAUAAUUGAUGUUUAUUACAUUUUAUUUCGAGGAAUGAUAUAUCAAAUUUGAAAGUUCAAAUUGAUACUUAAUCAUAGUACUAUUACUUAAUUAUCUAAAUCAUGACAUUAAAAUGAGUUGAUUUCUCACUUCCUCUUGAGUGCCUUUGUUU